AUUUGUUUAAUUCUGUUUCAAAGCAUUAACUUGUUGGAUAAUGUACAAAAUACAUUGGUCGAAAAGGAGUUUAUUUAUUGGUUUUAUAACUUGUCUUCUUGGCGUAAACUUACUAGCGUUCUCGUUCAUCACACAAACCACGCUACGCAGGACCGCCAAAUCUAAGUUAAGCCGGGGGUUGUCAUGGGUUACAAUGGACGCCAAUUAUACAAGGAACAAGUCGGAGUCGGCGGAAGUCGUAACCGGCGGACAACCCCGAAGUCCUCCAAAGAAAAAGUACGACCUCCUAAUAAACUCGUACAUGAACAGCGGGUCUCGCUUUACGGGCAGUCUGUUUGGUUUUAGAUCGGACUCGUUCUACUUCUAUGAACCUUUAUGGAAUUUUCAUAUCUGGGAGUACUACCACGAGCCUAACCACGUCUGCAGUUCCAUAGACGGUUCAUCAAACUGCAGAGUGCUGUCAACCACUUAUGUAAACGCCCCUAAGCCAAAAGAACGCGUGAAAAAGCCAAAGGUCACCAAUAUCAAAAAGGACACCAACAUUACGGGACUAAUGAAUGACGUUCUAGGAGACAUUUACUCAUGCAAUUUCUCCAGAAUCGAGAAUCUCGUUGUAAGCGGCGUGCACGACCUGGAUAAUCUCGCUGGCCCAAGCUGGGCAAAAUACAAGAGUUGUGUUAAGGCGAGGAAGCCGAAAUCAACAUGUUUGAAAGAACUGGAGCAGAUAUGCAAAGCGGCAACGCACAUUGUUACAAAAGUGUUAAGAAUUACCACAGGAUCCCUUCAACCAUUAUUGGAGAGAAAACCUAAUUUAAAAGUGAUACAGCUGUUUCGAAAUCCGUUUGCUAUCAUAAAUAGUAGGACGCACAGUAAGGGAUAUCCUGUGAGAGAUUUUACAGCAAAUGCGGCAAACCUCUGCAAGAAAAUGCACUGGGACUUCACCGGCGCUUUAGAACUUCAGAAGAAAUACCCAGGAAGGGUGAAAAUCAUAUUCUAUGAAGAUCUCAAAUCAGACGUAGAGGGAAAAAUGAAGACUUUGACGGAUUUUAUCGGAAUGGAUUAUGAUGUAAAUGUGAUUAAGAAAUAUAACACAGUGAAGACGAAUGUUGCUAAAGCGAACACACCAUCUCUAGUGAAAGAGAGAAAAGAAGACAAUGCCCAUUGGUGGAGGUCACAUAUGUCUUUUCCCACGUACCAGAAAACACUGGAUAAAUGUAGAGAGGUUGUUAAAGAGUUUAAUUUAACAGUAUUUACUGAUAAGUUUCAUAUAUGGAUCUUCGACCACCAAGAUGAGAUCAACAGCGCAGACGGGGAAAACACAUGGUCCAAAGACAAACUACGUGACCAUUUUUCAACCAAGCUAAGUGACGACACGAUUGAACAACAAGAGCAGACAUUCCAGAAGUAUGACCUGUUGAUCAACACUUACAUGAACGCUGGUUCAAGAUUCACAGGGAGUCUAUUCGGCCAAAGGAACUCGACAGUGUCCGCAGUGAUAGCACGGAAACACAAUGACAAAAUUCACAAACCCGUCCUCGAAAACAUUGAACAGUAA